AUGGAGUGGUUUUGGUUCGCUGGCACGCGCGCGCCUGCUCACACGGUAAUCCGGGCGCGUGCGCUGCUCCCAAUGCGAGGACGUGUCAGUCAGCAGCCUGCAGCAGGAUGGUGUGUGGCACUGGGGUCCAGGGAGGAAGCGUCGCAGGGCCCGGUGUUCCUGCAGGAGCCGCCGCACCGUGCAGACUUCUCCAAUUCCUCCGGAGUCGCCAUUCACUGUGCGGCACACGGCAAACCGCCUCCGAGGAUCUCGUGGCUGCUGCCGGACGGCAGCGAGGCGUCCGCGGUGUCCGGCCUGCGGCAGGUGCUGGACAACGGCACGCUGCUGCUGGCGCCCUUCCCGGCCGAGCGCUACCGCCCAGAGGUGCACAGCGCCGCCUACCGCUGCGCCGCCCACAACUCCGCCGGCACGAUCGUCAGCCGGCGCGUCCAGGUCCGGGCAGCUGUGGAGAAGCAGCACUAUGAGGUGCAGGUGUACGACGAGUUCGUGAUGGUUGGCAACACUGCCGUACUGCGCUGCCACGUGCCCUCCCUGGUGAGGGACCACGUGGUCGUCACGUCCUGGCUACGGGGGAACGCCGAGCGCAUUGUCACUGACAUCCAGUCAGGCGGCCGUUACUCUGUGUUCCCGUCUGGGGAGCUGCACAUACGUCACGUGACGCAGGCGGAUGGCGCGCUGCCCUACCGCUGCGAGACCAGGCACCUGCUGACGGGGAAGUCCCGGCUCAGCAUCUCAGCCGCCAGACUGCUGGUGACGUCACCGCAGAGCUCUGUGCCUCCCCGCAUCACGGACUCGCGCAGCCACGUGCAGGCGCGCCACAGGCAGCCCGUGGAGCUGCCCUGCGCAGCGCAGGGCUUCCCACUGCCCUCCUACACGUGGUUCCGCAGCCAGGGCGCCUCCAGCCAGCGCGUCGCCCUGGAGGACCGCGUGCGGCAGGUGGGUGGCAGCCUCUUCCUGGCGGCCGCGCUGCUCAGGGACUCUGGCCGCUACGUCUGCGUCGUCAACAACUCGGUGGGAGCGGAGCGCGCCUCCACCUCGCUGCUCGUCACCACGCCGCUGUCGGCCUACGUGGCGCCGCAGCAGCAGACGGUGGACGUGGGGCGGCCCGCGCAGCUCAACUGCUCCACCGAGGGCCACCCCCAGCUGGCCGUCUCCUGGCUCAAGGACGGCCGGCCGCUCCACACCUCCAGCAGGGUCAGGCUGAUAACCCCGCAGACAUUGCGCAUCGAACGCGUGGAGCAGCAUGAUGCAGGGAUGUACCAGUGUGUGGUCUCCAACAAUGACGAGACUGCUCAAGGAACAGCACAGAUCUCAUUGGGAGAUGCGGCGCCAGUGCUGGUGAAGACGUUCGGCGCGGCGACGCUGACGCCAGGUUCGGCGUGGUCUGCAGAGUGCGAGGCCGCUGGCUCCCCGCUGCCCUCCGUGUCAUGGCGGCGCGACGGGAACGCCCUCGCCACCUCACAGCAGCACACACUGCAGGUGAGCGUGCAGGCGGGCAGUGCGUCGGUGCGGGGGCGGCUGUCGCUGUCUGCUGUGCGGCCAGAGGACGGCGGCGUGUACGAGUGCGUGGCCAGCAGCGCGGCCGGCGCCGCCUCCCACGCCGCCCCCCUGCACGUCGUGGGCCCGCCCCACGUCCGGCCCAUGCCGGACCAGAGGGUCGUCGCCCACACCGACGCCGCCUUCCACUGCCGCGUCACCGGCUACCCCAUCAGCCAGAUACGCUGGGAGAAGGAGGGUUCGUACGGCUCUCUGCACAAAUCUCACACGUCACGCCGAACCACGCUACCGGACAACGACAGACAGCAAGUGUUCCAGAAUGGGACACUCAUAAUACAGAACAUGCAGAAACAUUCCGAUGAGGGAGGUUACGUGUGCGUAGCGACCAACCCGGAUGGACUCACUUCAAGAAGCAAGCUGAAUAUUCAAGUCAUGGAACCUCCUCAGAUAGACCCAAUAUCGACAAAGCCGGACCUACAGAGAGGAAUGCGGACGCACCUGUCUUGUAUCGUCAGUAAAGGCGACCUCCCGAUCGAAAUCCGCUGGCUGAAAGACGGCGCGCCGGUCCCGGAGGACGAGGAGGUCUCCGAGAAGACCAUCGACGACUACUCGAGCACGCUCAGCUUCCGCAGACUCGCCCCCAGGCACGCCGGCAACUACUCCUGCCACGCCGCCAACGCCGCAGCCUCCGCCCACUACACUGUGCAGGUUACGGUGAACGAGCCGCCAUCUUGGAAGCGUCAGCCCAAGGACACUCAGGUGGAGGCCGGCAGAUCCGUGACGCUGCCCUGCUCUGCGGACGGUUCUCCUGUGCCGAGAAUUCUCUGGAAGAAGGAUUCCGGGUCCUCGCCACCAAACUUCCAGGAUGUGAGCAUGCUCAUGUCCAACUACAAGUAA